CGUGCUCGUUCGAGAACUCUUCAUUUUUCCGAGCACACUGUAACUAGGCAGCGUUUGACAGGAGAGGCUGUCCUUGGUUAGCCAGUCUAGCUAGAGCUAGCUAAACUAAACAACGAAUACAAAACCACUGCAUUAACUGCAUAUGAAGUUAUCGGUCAGAGGUGAGGGUGGGGCUCAGGGCUUGGGCUAAUGUCAAACAGUCCCUGUGAGGAGGGGGGUCUAUCUCAGGCUGCCCCAAACGUCAACACUCAAGACCUGUUUGAAAACCCCACUCAGACUACAGCAACAGAGAAAACACCCGAGGAUCAGGUGUUGCCUGUGGUGGAUGAAGCCUCACCUUCCUCCACGUCCUCCUUUGAGAUGCUUGACAUGGAGUCGGUCCCAGCGCCUUAUCAAGAGGUGCAGCCUCACUGGUUCUUCUGUCGACGGGCUGAUGACAACACCUCUUGGCUUCCCUUCAGCAGAGAGGACUCUGACAAACUGCAAAAUGCCUGCAACACUGUAGGAGAAAAGAAGGAGGAGGUGGUGGUGGCUGUGGAUGGAGAGCGAUAUGACGUAUAUGUCAAGGAGAGGAGGCGCCACGCUGUGUACUGGGAGCAAAGUCCCACUGAAGUCCGCCGCUGUACCUGGUUCUAUAAAGGAGACAAAGACACCAGGUUCAUGCCUUACCCUGAGGACUUCAGCAAAAGUCUGGAGGAGGCCUAUAUGAUUGCAGUAACUUUGGACGAGUGGAAUAGGAAGCUGGAGUUCCCCACUGGAGAGACUGUCAUCUUACAUAAUCCCAAACUGAUGAUGCAGUAUCAGCCAAUAGGAUUGCAGGAUGAGUGGGUGUCCUCACCCUCGGAGCAGACCAGGCCACGAACUGUCAAGAGAGGAGUGGACAAUAUCUCUGUGGAAAUACCCGAUGGUGAACCAGAAAAGGUAGACCACCUUGUCUUUAUGGUCCAUGGCAUCGGUCCUGCAUGUGACUUGCGUUUCCGGUCCAUCAUACAGUGUGUUAAUGACUUCAGGAGUGCUUCUCUGUCCCUCCUGGCCUCUCAUUACAAACGUGCUCAGCAGGACGGCCAAGUCGGAAGAGUGGAGUUCCUCCCAGUCAACUGGCACAGCUCCUUACAUGGGGAUGCCACUGGUGUGGACGAGGACAUCCAGAGGAUUACUCUACCCAGCAUCAGCAAGCUGAGACACUUCACCAACGACACUCUGCUUGACCUGUUUUUCUAUAACAGCCCCACCUACUGCCAGACCAUAGUGGACACAGUCGCCUCAGAGAUCAACAGGCUUCACACCCUCUUCAAUCAGAGACACCCAGAGUUUAAAGGGGCAGUUUCAGUUGUUGGCCAUAGCCUGGGUUCACUGAUCCUGUUUGACCUGCUAACUAAUCAGAGAACUGAUUCAGAGCCCAGAAAGGGGGUGCCCUCUGAUGAGCCCUUUCACCUGAGCUGUGACACACUGGAGCAGACUCUCAACAGACUGGGGCUCCAGCAAUACCUGGAAACACUACAGGCAGAAAACCUAGACCUGGAAUCUCUGGCUCUUUGCCAAGACAGUGACCUCAAAGAUUUAGGAAUUCCUUUAGGACCAAGGAAGAAGAUCCUGAACUACGUCAAGAGGAAGUGGCUUCCAGAGGAUUGUAAGACAGGGGCAGUAUGUUUGGCACCAGGGCUGCAAGUUCUACCACAAGCGAACAGUGAUCCAGAUGGAAACCAGUCUUCAGGAUUGACAAUGCAGCAGCCCCAGUUCCACAGAGCGCAGUCUAUCACCAGUGCUGUCGACUAUGAAUACUUUGACGUGGGCAUCGGACAGGUAUCCAUUGAAUACCCACAGCUGGCUUUCCACCCUCAAACGUUUUUUGCUUUUGGCUCUCCCAUCGGAAUGUUCCUGACCGUUCGCGGUCUCAAACACGUUGAUCCCAACUACACCUUCCCAACCUGCAAGAGCUUUUACAACAUCUAUCACCCGUAUGACCCUGUGGCAUAUCGGAUAGAGCCCAUGAUUGUGUCAGAUGUUGAUCUGGAGCCCAUGCUGAUCCCUCACCAUAAAGGCCGCAAAAGGAUGCACCUGGAACUAAAGGACAGCUUGACUCGUAUGAGCAUGGAUUUAAAGAACAAUGUUUUGGGAUCAUUACGGACUGCAUGGCAGUCAUUUGCCAGACUACCAGUUGCUGCGCUGCCCCCGGUGGAGGCAGGAGAAUCUACAAUAGAGAGAAACCUUCAAGAAGCGCAGGCCUCAGCGGCAGUCACUGCUUCUGCUAAGAGGGAAGAGAAAAGUGCAGAUUUGUGGACUAAAAUUCUGGAUUGGCCCAGGGCCCUUUAUAAGCAUUACAUCCAAGGAGUGUGUGAGGAGGCAGAGUCCUCGAGCUCAGCAGAAGAGACAGAGCAGCCUGAGAUUAAAGUGGGUAUGUUGAACGGAGGACGAAGGAUCGACUACGUACUUCAGGAAAAACCCAUCGAGAGCUUCAACGAAUACUUGUUUGCCAUCCAGUCCCAUCUGUGUUACUGGGAAUCUGAGGAUACCGCUCUCCUGCUACUGAAGGAGAUCUACGACAAGCUAGGUGUGGCCUUUGAGCAGCCACAACAGUAAUGAAGUUCAUGAAUGAAGACUUGCUUUUGAACCUGACCUUAACAUGAAAGAGAGAAAAUGAAGGACAGCUGACAGAAGCGGAGGCGGCACAGUCCACUUUCAGAAUGCCUCACCGACUGGGUGUUACCUGACUGCCCCGCCCUGUCCUCUCUUGACAAUGGAGACUGUGGGCAGCAGUCAGGUGAUAUUGGUUCGGAUAUGUCAGUUGACUUUAACUUCGCGGUGACUUCUUGGCGCCGCCUAAAUUACCACUGCAGAGAGGUUUUGGUGUCUGAUAGUUGUUUGUAAUCCACCCAAACAUCACCGACAUGUUCUGGUCGCACCUUUCUGUGUUUUAUGAAUCAUUCUUUGUUUCACUGACACUUCAUUUUCACUUGUUGACAUAUCAUGCAUAUAGCUGCUGCUGAUUAAUAUUCUAACUAAUAACCAUCAUGAUAACCAGAAGACGCACAAUACUUCAAGUAUAGAGAAAUAUAAUUACUUCUAAAGAUGUAAUCUAUAAAUUGUCAUUUAUAUAUUCCCUAGCCCUAUGACAAGCCUCCAGAAAUGUAGAACUAUACAAGUAGCUAUGACUCCCAGAAGUUUGUUCAACUUCAAGCUCGUUUUACAAGGAAGCUCUCCCUCGACCUCACAUUUUUACAUAACUAGGUGGGGUGGCUUAAUUUGGUCGACCAUAAAAUGUUUUCUUUCUGUUUUGAUAAAUGAAGGUGGAUGCGUUGGCUAUUACAAGUCCUUCAGGCAGCUACAUUUUCUUCUGUCGACAUUAUGGCCACUUGAAACCCAAAGCUGCUACUCCUACGUUUGUGCAAUGUAUCAAUGAUGUCGAUGUCGGCCACUAUCGCCAUCAAGUCAAGUUGUUCAUUCUAAUAUUUCAAUUUCACUUGCUCAUUUAGUAGUAGUUCAUUUCAAUCAUACUAACCAUGUUGGGUUUGUUUCGGUUUCUGAAGGUCAGGGCCACGUUGCCUACGAUACAGCACUUAGAACAUGCUAAACAUGUGUCGAAAAGAAGUAAUCCUGAUGAAGGUUAGUUUCAGAAAGUGAAGUGAAACAGGCACUUGAAAAGGUCAAGCGGUGUGUGUGUGUGUGUGUGUGUUGUGUGUGUGUGUGUGUGUGUGUGUGUGUGUGUGUGUGUGUGUGUGAUUCUGUGAUUGUGUAUGAGCACAGUCUGUAUGUCAUAACAGUUUGCAAACUGUACAAAAAGGUCAGGGCCACGUUCUCUCCCUCACGUCGGUGCCAUUCCUCAUUUACUGCUUUCUUCGUUCUGCUAUUUUGCAGUUGACCCAAAAUGUAUCCUUCUGUAUUUCCUAACAUCAGUAUAUUCUUCAUUCCCACACAGACGGGUAUCCCACUUAGACAGAUGCCAUAUCAAAGGGCCAUGGGGUUCAAGUCUCUCUCAUCUGUUCUUUUGCCUUGUGCUUUUCUAUCUGUAUUGCAUGCCCUCGUUUCUUAUGUUAGAGCAGGAUUUCUCAACAUGUUCUGGUCCUGUCCCAAUUCUGAGUUUUCACAUUAAAAUCAUAUGAAUUUGAGCAUGAUAAACAAAUUAUUUUGAAUUUAUGUUUAAAAGCAGAUUGAUUUAUUUUAUAUUAAAAUAUAUGAAACGAAUAUCAAUAUGUAAAUGUAAGAAAUAUCACAAAUCUGCACCUUUCAUAUAAAGUAACAUGGGGUCGAGACUUUAAAGUUGAGAAACUCUCUGUGUUGAGUGAUCGAACUUUAUAAAUGACUGUUCUGUUAUGCACUGUCAGGUGCCCACAGCCCCCACCACCAAAGCUCCCAAUGACCUGUAUUAACACCCACUGGGUGUAACAUCCGCACAACAUGCGUUCUUUUUUCUUUAAGAAAUGCACUAAACACUGACUUAUCACGCUGCCGUUUCCUUGAACCUCACCAUCCUCUCUGUUUCUUCUCGGUAAAACAGAACCUUAAGAUCUGUGGCUCCUCUUCCUGACUAAACUAAUGUUUUUUGCACUUGAUAUGAAAAAGUUGUUACAUACCAAAAAACAAAUGUUCUCCUUUCCUAAUACAUACCCUAUGAAUAUGGUUACAUGUUGUGUGUGCCAUAAUAAAGCAUUACAAAAAGUG